AUGGCAGGAGAAGACACCACAAUAGUAGGGAUGGAGCCCAAACGGAGAAACAUAAUGGAGCCAUAUUUCUUUGCCAGCGUUGAGAUUGAAUCAACAGUGAGCAGCGAGCGCAGAGUAAACGAGAGUGAUGUCAUAAGCUUCGACUACUUGCGAUGCGUGGUGAAGGAAACUCUUCGACUUCACGCGCCAGUUCCGCUGCUCGCUCCCCACGAGUCGAUGGAAGUGUGCAGCGUUGAAGGAUAUUUCAUUCCACCAAAGAUGAGGUUGUUUGUGAAUGUGUGGGCAAUUGGAAGGGAUGAAAACGUUUGGAAAGAUGCUCAUCAGUUUAAGCCCGAGCAGUUCAUGGGCAUUAAUAAGGAUGUGAGAGGUCAGGACUUCGAUUUCCUGCCCUUUGGAGCAGGAAGAAGAGGAUGCCCUGGGAUUUCCAUGGGUCUUUCUAUUAGUGAGUUGGCAUUCGUUCAGCUGAUUCAUUGUUUUGAUUGGACUGUGGAGGGCGAGGUGGAUGUGACGGAAGAAUUUGGAAUAACUGCUCCCAGAAAAAAUCCACUGUUUGCCUGCCCUAAAUGGAAGCUCACCUCUGAAUAUCCUAGUUAA